AUGGUCCACCGCAUCGCUUUCUGGAGUUGCUUCGGCCUCGCCGCUCGCUUCUGGCAAGUCGGCAUCGAGAUGCGCCCCUUCUUCAACCGCUCCUCGCUGUGGGCAUACCCGGUGUACGCCCUCGGCGGCGCCAGCUUCGGCUACUGGCUGCAGGGCGUCGACGACCGCCAGUCCAAGGUGCUGAGCGAGCGCAAGGCGUUCCUGCUGCAGAAGCGCGCGCGCCAUGCGGAGCGCGAGGCGGCUGAGGCGGCCGAGUAA